CUGAUAGGUGGAACUGAUAGGUGGCACUGAUGAUGUGUACUGAUAGUCAGCACUGAUAGGCGGCACUGCUGGGCACUGACUGGCAGCACUGCUGGGCUGCACUGAUGGGCACAGGUGGGUGCAACUGGUGGGUGGCACUGCUGGGCACGAUCAUCAGGGCACUGAUCAUCAGUGCCCUGAUGAUCGGUGCCGAUCCCUGCUCUGACAACUGCCGGUUCUCGGCAGUACUUUCCCCACGUUCUGACAGCGUGAGGAAAGUGCAGCCGAGAACCGACAAUUGCAUUUCCCUGUGAUCAGCG